AUGUGGUUCAAAAAGAAUAUUUUACAUUUCCAAUAUUCAAGAGAGAAAGAUGUUAGUUUGAAGGAAAAUAUGUACAUCCCAAAAAUAGAAUUCAGAAUCAUAAGCUAGGUAUAUAUGGAUAUUAGCCAAAAUAACUCUAAAAUGAUGAGAUUGAGAGGAAGAAUCAUAGUAUUAAGUUUCAAUAUCAAAAUUUUUUUCGAACACUCUUUGUUGAUCUUUAAAUAUUAGAAAUGAUUACUUUGAAAAUAAGUUUUAUAUAAAAUAUAAUCAUAUAAAUAAAUAUCAAGUAUAUAGCCAAAAUUAUUAAAAGAUGAUUUUUGGGUUCGGUUAUUCUUUAUACUAUAAGAAAAAUCAAAAAAAACAAUAAAAGAAUCGCAAUUAAUUUAUUUAGGAAGUAGAGAUGGAUUAAACAAAGAUUAAUUUUUAAACAGAUGUAAUGCUAAGUGUAAUCUACUUGUGUAUUUUAGUCUCAAAGUGGAUAUCUUUGGUGGAUAUUCUCCAUAUUAAUGGUAAUAGAAUCCUGGUGAUUAUGUUUAAGUUGAUACAUUAUCAUUAUUUUUAUUUUCACAAACACAUGGAUAAAUCUAUCCUUUGAAAUAGGAUAGCAAAUAUUCUAUUUACUGUAACAGUGGAUAUGGACCUACGUUUGGAAGUGGUCAUGAAAUAAUAAUAACAAGUGAUUUUAAAGGGGGUUAUUCUAAUUUAGGUUAUGCAUAUCAAUGGGAUAAAUAUCAGAAUAAAAAUUCAACACAUUUAUUUGGACAAGAUACACCAAAUAUUACCAAAUGUAAAUGA